CUGGGGCUGCUAAGCUGUGGAUAGGGGCCAAGGUAGGCUGUUUUUUGUUUUUUGUUUUUAAAUUAUUAUUACUAUCUCGCUGCCCCUCCCCUCCGAAAGUGAAACCAUUUCCCGCAAAUCCUGAAGGUCCGCCCAGGCCCCACCUCCCAGCUGCUCCCAGCCCACUCGCUCUAGCCUGGCCACAGGUGACCACAAGCUCCCCGAAACCAUGGUGGUGCUGAAGGGAAUCCCCGCUCUGCUCUCCCCGGAGCUGCUCUUUGCCCUGGCGAAGAUGGGGCACGGAGACGAGAUUGUUCUUGCAGAUGCCAAUUUUCCUACUUCUUCCAUAUGCCGAUGUGGCCCAAUGGAAAUCAGAGCAGAUGGUUUGGGGGUAGAGAUCUUGAGUCAAGUCUUGGCUUUGCCACUUAAUAUUUGUGUACUUUUUUGUGCAUCAUUUAAACUCUUUGGGCCUUAGCAGUAAAAAAAAAAAGAGAGAGAGAGAGAGAGAGAGAA